GUGUUGCCUGAAAUUACAGAAACUUGGACCAUAACUUCGUUUCAUUUGAACUUAAUUUUACGCUAAAGGCAAUAUUAAACUUCAAAGUGGUAUUUAUUAAAUAAAAACCUACUUUUCAUCUUUCAUUUUAACUUCGUAGUAAAAACGUUGAUUGCGCCUGAUUAGCUGUUGAUGAACAUUAAAAUACGGGGAAUGUUUUAUGCUGUUACAACAAUCUUGUUGGAUAUAGUCCGGCAGAGUAGACCUGCGUACUCUGAGUCUUUGUUAUGGUGUGCAAAAGUGGUAUUAUGCAUUUGUUGCUGAAUUCGAAAAGUACCUACUAUGCUGUAUGCAUGUACAUGUAUGAUGAAAGUCUAUAAGCAGCAAACUUGUUUUUUCAAAAGCCAAGAAAACAUCAGCAAAAGUCAUUAAAAAUAAAACGAAUAAAUUUAUUUGUACUCUUAAAGGAGCGCGGACAAUGUCUAACCAAUGUAAAGAUUUGGAUAAACUCUCAACGGAUCGAAAAUGGGAUGAUGUAUUCCAUUGCCUUAAGAUUGAUGUUAACUCAACCAUAGAGCUUGGUAAUCUUAAAGUUUCACAAAUUGGCGAGCAGUCCGAUAAGUGGUUGGACGACUACAAAGCGACAAUGAAUUCGUUGGAAGUGAUUUUAGCAAUUAUUCUGCUGUUUGACCAAAUAUUCUAUAUUCUUUUAGUUUGGUACUUAAUAUGUUUUGCAAUAAAAUUUAUACGUUAUCGGGGGCUGAGGACGUUAUGCCAGUUGACUAAAAGGUUUUAUUCACUGGAAAAGAAAAUCAAAAAUCAAAAUAAAAGUAAGCCGCUUACGACCAGAAAGAAAACUAUUACAUUCGCAAAAGGUGCGUUCGACAACUCUAAAUAUUAAUCAACUAAAUUGGGGUUAUUGCCCAGAUUGUUAGUUUUCGAAAACUUGUGUCCUGUAUAUUAUUUUUGUAAAAUGUUCAAAUUAACGAAUAAAACUAUACCAAUCCGCGGCGAUGGAAAGGCCGAAUG